AAAUAGCAUUUUUUGUUUCCGAACAUCAAACGGAGGUGAAGGAUUAUUACUAGCGUAGUGGUAAAUUUCUACCGUAAUUGUAGGCAUAAAGUCGUUGCAAAAUGCCCAAAUACGAUAUGUAUGUUAAACAAGAACUCGACACUAGCGGAUUACUCGAGCUUGGCAUGGACUGCAGUGAAUCGCCCGAAAUGUGGGAAACGAAAGAUCAAGUUUUCGCACCACCCUCGUGGAUGAAGGGGUUGACCCAAGACGAUAUCAAUGCAAUGUACCAACUGGGCGCCCUAUCCAAGAACGGUCUACUAACUGAAAUUAAGAAAAUAUUUGAUCAAGCCUACAACAUCGGUCUGCAGGAAGCAAAAGAGUUCACGAAAGGCAAAAACCUGGAAAUCUUUUCUACAAUAACCCGAAGGAAAUAGUUUUCAUUGUUCUGAAGGUACAUGCAAUAAUUAAAAAUAGGCCAAAACAAUGCAAUUUCAAUAAAACGUGUAGAGUUGACUAGUGCAAUUCUAA